CCACGUUUGGCGCUGUACAUAUGUUGUGCUCUUUCAGAAUUUGAUGCCAUAGAUACAGGUAUAUGCGACUACCGAAUGAGAAGAGAGGUUAAGCUGUCCAAACGAUAAGAAAGCAAUCAUUAUCUGAUGACUGCAAUAGGGAUAGAGAGAACAGCACCAAUUACCUUGAUGAGAUAGGUCACAUCAAACGGAUGAAAUGCAGCUAGGGAUAGACGAUUGGAGGUUGGGGGUGCGGAUGAUGGAAACGGUGGCAGCACGCAAUUGACCCCACAUCUUGUAAAUUCCCCAGACGCGAAUGAGCGUCAACACUGGGUCUACCCCUCCUUUAUUCAAUAACGCGGGAUUCUGCCAAAAACGCGAUACAUUAGAAAUCAACAGUGUGAGCGGGCACGGAUUUAUGCCGAGCGUAGGAUAGAUAAAUAAGUAAUCAUCGAGAUUCGAGAAGACUUACUUACUUGAGAAGAUUAUUAGACAAUUCCAGUUGUGUCCCCGAGCUGAACUUACUACUCAUGUUUUUGUCUGAAUAUUGAACACCUCUAGCCCCCUCUGUACCAAUCUAAUCCGGUUCUCUCCCAAAGCAAGUCCAAACAUGGCUCCAUCAGCGAUCGAAAUUGAAGUGCGGCCCAUCGCCUCACACAUCAAGGACUUCGUCGUCCAAAAGAAAGACACCCUCCCGCUCCCACCAGCAGCUCGCGCCCGACUCGAAAAGGCCGGCAUCGACCUCAGCAACGGCUACCCCGAGCGACCAGGCAAGCCACUGUACCUUGACGACGCAUUUAGCAUUCGCAAUGUUGAACGAGAGCACGUUGAUGCUGGAGCACGAGCCGAUAAGUCGAAGUCGGCGCUGUUCUCGGCUGCUAAGGAAGUCAUCCACUUGACUGCUCAUAUCGGCACUGAGAUCGUUGGUCUGCAAUUGAAGGACUUAACCGAUACGCAAAAGGAUGAGCUUGCGCUUUUGAUUGCGGAGAGGUCUGUGGUAUUUUUCAGAGACCAGGAUUUGAGUCCUCAAGACCAGAAGAAAUUGGGAGAGUAUUAUGGAGAGGUUGAGAUUCAUCCUCAAGUCCCACAUGUGCCAGGUGUUCCUGGAGUUAGCGUUCUUUGGCCAGCACUCAUGGCUACCGAGAGAAAAGCCUCCUUCAGACAGCCAGGAGGCGCUUCGAGGUGGCACACAGAUCUGGUUCAUGAGAAACACCCGGCCGGGAUCACUCAUCUGCACAAUGACACUGUCCCAAGUAUUGGAGGUGACACUUUGUGGGCGAGUGGAUAUGCUGCUUACUCGAAAUUGAGCCCUGAGUUCCGCAAGAUCAUCGAUGGGAGAGAAGCAAUCUACGUUAGUGCUCACACAUAUCUCGAUCGAAACGAUCCAAAUGCUGGACCAAAACACGUGGAACGCAUCCAUCCUAUCGUUCGAGUCCACCCAGCGACUGGCUGGAAGGCCCUUUGGGUCAACCGAGCAAUGACCAAGUCUAUUGUCGGACUGGACAAGGGCGAAAGUGAUGCUAUCUUGAACUACCUUUAUGAUGUGUAUGAGAGCAAUGUCGACAUCCAAGUCCGCUUCAAGUGGACUCCAAGGACCAGUGCAUUGUGGGACAAUCGCAUUACUAUGCACAAUGCUUCCUGGGAUUAUGAGGGACUCGAGCCAAGGCAUGGGACCAGAGUGACUUCUCUGGCCGAGAAGCCAUAUUUCAUUGCAGAUGCGCCAACAAGAAGACAGGCGUUGGGCUUGGAUGAUUCAUGAACACUGAACUUGUAAAUUGAAAGCAUCGGAAUUUUUGUACAGCACAUCUGGAGAUUAUGAGGGACUAGGUAGUAAGUCCGCAACUGUAGAAAUGUAAGAGAAUGACUGCUAUCAAAACGUGAGAAGCACAAACAACCGCAAGUUUUCGAAAGUAAGAAUGGCAUCGAAUAGACAUGCAUUUCUUCGCUACCAGGCCCAUAUCGUGUAGGAGCUAGCAUGUACAUGCAGAUUACAGUCCUCCUGGCUAGCCAGCCGGCUAAUUGGUGAAUGCCGCACGUUGAGGAGACAGAGAAUUCCUGAGGAAUUGGAAGUUUAAAGAUAAGAGAACAAAAAACAACUCGCGAGAAAUUGUCGACGCGCUUGCGAAGGAAUUCCUGUAGACCGUGGUCUUCAUUCUAGCUUGCAAGACUUGGAGAGCUUUUGGUUGGAUUGGUCGCGGCGAGUCAUCGCGACUCUACAGCCAUCCCAAAAGCUGGAUCGAGUUGAUGAUUCGUUGACAAUUGCGAGUGUUCGAUGUUCAUCAUGAUAGAAAAUGGUGUGAACGGUUGACAAAUGAGGG